AGAAACGAUCCGGAACUGUGUAGAGGAACUGUAACUGUAAUUGUGAUGAGUCAACGUUCUGUGUUUGUAUAAUAUUAUGCUUCUUAUGGAGUGUUGACAUGCGUUUAUAAAAACGCGUUGUUGUUAUUACUAGUUUGUUUAUGAAACAGAAGCUAAAUAAGGCUGUUAACAAGGAACUUGACAGAAACUUUAAAGUCUGUCCUCAGUCUCUGCACAUUUUAACAUUAUGGCACCAAAGAAAUACGCACUACCCCGUCCACUUCCAGAAGGGUGCAUUUUAACAGAUUCCGAGAAGAAGAAUUGGCGAAUCGGUAAAAUCAUUGGAAAAGGUGGUUUUGGACUGAUUUACUUGGCCUCUCGUGAUGUGAAUGUCCCUGUUCGUGAUGACAGUGAUUUUGUGAUUAAAGUGGAAUAUCAUGAAAAUGGACCUUUAUUCUCAGAAUUGAAAUUUUACCAACGAGCAGCAAAGCCAGAAACUAUGAGCAAAUGGAAGAAGUUAAAACAGCUGGAGUUUUUGGGGAUUCCAACAUACUGGGGGUCUGGACUGGCUGAAAAUAAUGGAACAAGGUACAGGUUUAUGGUGAUGGAUCGGCUGGGCACAGACAUGCAAAAGGUGCUUGUGGAGAAUGGUGGACAACUGAAGAAGCCCACCGUGCUACAGCUGGGUGUCCUCAUGCUGGAUGUGCUGGAAUAUAUUCAUGACAACGAGUACGUCCAUGCUGACAUUAAGGCUGCCAAUCUAUUAUUGGGACACAAAAAUCCAAGCAAGGUGUACCUGGCUGACUACGGUCUCUCAUACAGAUACUGUCCUAAUGGCGAGCAUAAAGAGUACAAAGAAAACCCCAAGAAAGGACACAAUGGCACUAUUGAGUAUACGAGCAUUGACGCUCACAAAGGAGUAGCCCCAUCCAGACGAGGAGACUUGGAGGUGUUGGGCUACUGCUUGCUUCACUGGCAGUGUGGAACUCUGCCCUGGCUCUCAUCUCUUAAGAACCCAGCUGAGGUCCAGGAGGCCAAGGCCAAGCUGAUGUCUAACCUGCCAGAUUCUGUCCUGAAAAUGUCCACCUCCAGCACGGAGAUUGCCAGGUACCUGUCCAGUGUGAAAACCCUUGGCUACAAUGAUAAGCCAGACUACCAGGCCCUCAGGAAGAUUCUGUCAGGAGCCGGGCCGCAAGGCCCACUGGACCUCUCUACGCCGAGACCGUCGGAGACAGCCAGGCCAACCACACAAAGGGCUGCAAGCCAGCCCAAGACUACGGAGAAAAAAACAGCAAGAUCAAAGCCUGUGGUGACGGCAGAGGAAGAAGAUGAGGAAGAGUUGGGCAGGUCAACACCAAAAAAAGUUUGGAGCAGAACAAAACAAGAGACUCCGAAACAGAGUCCAAACAAAACUGACAUGGCUGCCAAACGAAGCGUCAGGCAAAGGCCUGUGCCUUACGAAAGUGACGAGGACAUCAGUGAUGAAGAUGAACCCCUCCCUCCACGAGUUCAUCCUAAAACAAGAGCAGGAGCACGGCAGAAACAGGAACUUCAACAAGAAAAGAGGAACGAAGAUGUUUAUGAGGGGAAGACCUUGAUGACCAUGAGGGGAAGACAAAACCGUCACUACAAGAACCAACAAACACGUACUCUCACGCUAAAUGACGACCAUCCAGUACUUGGCAGUGAAGUCGACUACUGGGGGAACUACAGCAGGAAACAAAGAUGGAAUCAAAACCACUGGGAAAACACUAAUGAUGGAGACCACUGGAGAAGUGAUGUUCGUAGACAAGAAGAUGAAAGGACUCGGUACCAUUACAGAGAUGAAGAUGGCUUUGGGAAAUCAGAAAAUCAGGGUCAAUGGCCAGUCAAAAGAAUGUUGAUCUUCCUUGUUGUUAUAAUACUGACUGUUGUUGGUUGUUGGUAUUACCCUCGCUGGAGACGUAAUGCCACAUGAUCAAUACUCUGAACGCAGAAACUUUUUUAAACAUUUCCUGUGACCAUUUUCACAGUGAUGGGCUGAAAAAAAAUUAGCAUGAAUUAUUUUAUAGUCAUUUUUUGCACUAUACAUGAUAUUCUAGUUUUAACAAAUGUAUUUGUGGAUUUAAUAAAGUGUUUUUCUUAU